AUGGAAAUUGUCCAAGAACAACAAUGCUUUUCCAAACCUACCAAGGAAAUGGCCAAUCAUCUCAGGCCAUUGUUCAUCACUGCAAACUUUAGGGGCAUUCUUAUCCCCAACAUAAUGGUAAAUGGAGGUGUAGCCAUCAAUCUUUUGCCUCACAGGCUGUUGGUUAAAAUAGGCAGAACAGAGAAAGAUCUAAUCCCAACACGCCUAACGGUCACCAAGACUCAUGGAAUACUGGACGUAGAUGUCAUAGUAGGAACCAAGAAGCUGAAGAUUGCCUUUUUUUUUGUGGUGGACACUACUUCUACCAUUUACAAUGCACUGCUUGGCAGAGAUUGGAUCUACUAG